AUGAAGAAGAAAUAUUUGAUAGGAGGAAAUGCUGCUUUUACUUUGUUAAUUUUGAUGAUUGGUGUGGCCUUGUGUAGUUUGGUUGUAAAGAAGCGAACAGUCAGGAUUGGUGGACAUGAAAAUUACUCCAAGGAUGUGACCUCCAUAAAUAAGGAUCUUGAGAGACGAGCAUUCCCUAAACGAUUUUCUUAUAAGGAAUUAGUUGCAGCCACCAAUGGCUUUGCAAACACUGGAAGGCUAGGCCAAGGAGGGUCAGGACAUGUUUAUAAAGGAAUCUUACAGGAUCUAGGCUGUGAAAUUGCCUUGAAGAAAAUAUUUGCAAAAUCUGAUUACUAUGAGAAAAUCUUCAUCAAUGAAGUCAAAAUUAUAAGCCGCUUAUUGGAUGGUGUCAGGAGGAAGGCGAAUGCUUACUUGUUUAUGCAUACAUGCCUAACAGCAGCCUCUACACCCUGCAAUGGAAGUUCAGGGAUAUCAAAUCAGCUAACAUAUUGUUGGACAAAGACUUCAGCACUAAGCUCGGUGAUUUCGGGAUUGCAAACAAUAGGGGUGGUAGGGACUUUUGGAUACAUAGCCCCAGAAUAUGCAAAUGGAGGAAGGGCCAGUAAAGAAUGUGACAUGUUUAGUUUUGGAGUUGUGGCCUUGGAAAUUGCAUGUGGAAGGAGGACUUACCAGGAUGGAGAAUUUCACGUGCCACUUGUCAGUUGGGUUUGGGAACUGUACCUUGCAGGUAAUCUUCUCCAUGCAGCUGAUGAGAGAUUGGAUAAGAUUUUUGAUAAAAAUGAAAUGGAAUGCUUGUUAAUUGUGGGAUUAUGGUGCACUCAUCCCAGCAGCAAGGGAAGGCCAAGAGCUGGAAAAGUCAUGAAGGUUCUUCAGCUUGAAGCACCGUUGCCGGAACUUCCACAUGACAUGCAAGAACUUGAGCAUCAUCUGUCUCAUCAUGAUCUCAUAUGA